AGGUAGCUGAUGGAGAUGAUGAGGGCGCAGAGGGCGCAGGGUCCGGCGACGGUCCUGGCUAUCGGCACGGCGACGCCGGAUAACUGCGUGCACCAGUCUGACUACGCGGAUUACUACUUCCGAGUGACUAAGAGCGAGCACCUCGUUGACUUGAAGCACAAGUUCAAGCGGAUAUGUGACAGGUCGAUGAUCCGGAAAAGGUACAUGCACCUGACAGAAGAGAUGAUCCAACAGAACCCAAGCAUCGCCGAGUUCAUGGCGCCAUCGUUGGUGGCGCGCCGGGACAUUCUGAGUGACGAGAUUCCGAAGCUUGGGAUGGUGGCGGCGGAGAGGGCAAUCAAGGAGUGGGGCCAAGAGAUGUCCAAGAUAACCCACCUCGUAUUCUGCACAACCACCGGCGUGGGCAUGCCUAGCGCCGACUACCAGCUGGUCAAGAUGCUCGGACUCAGCCCAUCGGUGCGGCGCGUCAUGUUGUACCUGCAGGGCUGCUUUGCGGGUGGCACGGUGCUCCGCGUGGCCAAGGACAUCGCGGAGAACAACCGUGGCGCACGUGUCCUCAUUGUCUGCUCGGAGAUGAAUGCAAUGUACUUUCGUGGCCCUUCGGAGACCCAUCUCGACUCCAUGAUCGGGCAGGCGCUCUUUGGUGAUGGGGCCGCCGCGGUGAUCAUCGGCGCCGACCCCAUGGUUCCAAUGGAGAGGCCACUCUUCCAGUUGUUGUCAGCGAGCCAGACAAUACUGCCGGACACAGAUGGGUUUAUCGAGGGUCAGCUGUUGGACGGGGGUCUCACCUUACACCUCCAUAGGGACGUGCCAGUGGCCAUCUCCAAGAACAUUGAGAGUGCGUUGGUGGGUGCGUUGACGCCGCUGGGCAUCACUGAUUGGAACUCUAUCUUCUGGGUGGCUCACCCCGGGGGACCGUCAAUCCUAGACAUGGUGGAGGCAGAGGCACAUCUAGACAAGAAGCGGAUGAGAGCCUCCCGGCACAUCCUCUCCGAGUACGGAAACAUGUCCAGCGCAUGCGUCCUCUUCAUCCUCGAUGAGAUUCGUAAGUUCUCCACUCAGCAAGGCAUGGCCACUACCGGCGAGGGCAUGGAGUGGGGUGUCCUGUUCGGGUUCGGUCCUGGCCUAACUGUCGAGACUGUUGUGCUCCACAGCAUUCCUAUCGCAGACACAUGUUAA